AUGCCUUCCCCACCACCUCACCAUUCCCAAGGCCCUCAAAUUGAUAGCAAGAAGAAGUAAACACCUCCACCCCAGUCCCAAUCGUCCAACCAAUCCCCUCUAAAACUAAUAUUUUUCCUCCCUAGAAAAAAGACCAAACCCCCCUCCUACCCCCUCCAAGCCUAUAUCGACGAGGAGCCAACAAUCUCAGACCAUUGCUCGGGCAUGAUUGCUUCUGGAAGCAAGUCCAGAGGGAAGUCGCAUGUGGAUAGAGCUGCGAAGAAUAUUAUAGACUUCGAUGAUGCUUGGAAGAAGAAGUAG